AUGGACCCCCCAGACCCCCGCGGACCCCCCCCUGGGCACACGGAGACCCCCCCGGACAGCCCAAGACCCCCCAUGAAACCCCCAUGGACCCACAUGGACCCCCCCAAGACCCCCUCGGACCCCCCCAUGGGCACCCAGAGACACCCGGAGACCCCCAUGGACACCCCCGGACCCCCCCCGGACCUCCCCAUGGGCACACGGAGACCCCCAUGGACCCACACAGACCACCCCAAGACCCCCCCGGACCCCCCCAUGGGCACCCAGAGACCCCCAUGGACCCCCCAUGGACCCACAUGGACCCACAUGGACCCACAUGGACACCCGGACCCCCCCCAUGGACACCCGGACCCCCCCAUGGGCACACGGAGACCCCCAGAGACACCCAUGAAACCCACACGGACACCCCCGGACCCCCCCACGGGCACUCAGAGACCCCCAGAGACCCCCAUGGAACCCACACGGACCCCCCCAUGGACACACAUGGACCCCCCAUGGACCCCCAGACCCACAUAG